GUGCGGUUACAAACAUACAAUUUCACAUACACAAGACACCCAGACCCGAAACAACAAUUUGUGGAUCACACAAAGAGUUGUUCCGUGCGGGAAUCGAACCCACGGAACUUAGACCAUAGAACCAUAGAAAAGAAAUAAAAUCUAUGAAAUUAUUAAUUAAGUCCACCGUGUACAUACACUUUCUUGUGCUGGGGCCACACUGACGGGAAAUGUCAAUAAUUAUCGUGAUAAUUGGUGAUAUGAAACAAUGAAAAGAUAGCUCAUUUCUUUAUUGAGCAAAUACAUCCACUAUCGCGAUAAUUACCUAAUGGCAUUUCCCUUUAGUGUGGCCCAAACAUUAUCAUGAAAUGUCAAAUGACGGGCAACGCCAGAUGUCAAUAUCAUUUCUAACUCGAAGCAUUAUAAGGGUAUAUGUGUUCUGUGGAUUUUAGUUGUGGAGAUUUGAAAACAUCGAGCUAAAGUUAAAUAGAAUUGUUGUGCAGAGAAAUAUUUAAGCAUGAAUGAAAUUAAAGCCUUAAUUCAGGAUUAAAUUGUGACGUUAUUUUCAAAGACUAUCCAGCAAUUGCAUCUUGAUUUGUUCUCCAUCCUAGGACUUGGGAAUAGGUUAUGGCUAAAGUACUUACGGCUCUAACAAGAAGUAUAGGUCGUCCUUAUUACGUAACGAUAAGUUUACGUUGUCUAAAAACCUCUUCACCUAAAAUGGAUAAGGCUUUAGAAAACUUAAAAACGAAUCCAUACUAUGAGAAAUAUGCUGCGCGUAUCGCAGAUUUGCAAAAAACUUCUCCUGAAGAGUUUAUGCAAAGAGUUGAACUUCAACAGCAAUCCAAGGAAGAGGAGAAGAAGAAAAAGUUUGCGUCAGUCGAUACAAGACAAUUUUCUUCAGUUUUGAAUCCUAAACAAGCAUUGGAGGAAGUGUCAGAUGCAAACGAGAAAAAACUAAGUGAUAUAUUUAAGAUAGAACUUGUCAAAGAUAAAGAUGCAAAAGAAAUCCAACAGAUUUGGGAAGAAUAUCACAAGAGCAAAGAAGUAAUAUCAGCAACCAUUCCAAAGGAUACUUAUUGCAGCCUACAGCAACAAAUGCAACAGUGCCCCACUUUCCUGUUCCCACUGCCACGGUCUCAGGGUUAUGAGUUCAUUAUGUGCCAGAGUCAUGGACAUACAGUACACUUCACACCAUUACUUGCUUACCAGGUACACAAAGAGAAUGCACCUGAGUGCCUCACCAUAGUGCACUACACAGAGCUUGCUGACAAAGGACUUAUUCUCAUGCGUGGGGAAUUUGAUAAGAAUGUGUUGGAUGGUCAAGAGGCUCAAUGUCUAGCAAAUCAGUUUCAAAUGUAUUACAGUGGAAAAGAUUCUACUAAGUUACAACUACUCAACACUUUUACCAAGAAUCCAGACACCUUCAAGCACAUGGAUUUGAUUGCACAGUUGGAAAAUAUUGGUUUAUAAUAACAACAUAAAUAAAAUGCAUCUGUUCUAUUACACAUAUUGAUUGUUUAAUACUCUUUGUAUAAUAAUAUAAACUAGAGAAGACAUACA